GUUGACGCCGGGCACGAACUUUAUGUUUGGUUGCAGUUCACCCAUGUGGGAUGAAUGUUGCUGCAAGAACGAGUUAGCUAGCUACCCGAUUGUAGAUCAUUUCGAAACGAUUUAGUUAAUUGCCGUAAUGUCAUCGUCAUUUUUCAUCAAGAAAAAUGCAAAUCCCAAGUUAACCAAAAAAGGGAAAAGUACGUCGGCGCCAAAACGGAAGGGUGAAGAUGGGAAGACAAAUAAAGCAAAGUCCAAGAAAUACAACGAAGAAAUUUCCAGUGACUCAGAAGCAGAGAGUUCUACAUUACUCAAGAAGAGGCAGGCCAAUGAGGAGAUAGUUUAUGAGGAGACUCCGCAGGAGAAGAAACUCAGAUUGGCCAAACUUUACCUAGAACAGCUAAAGGAAGAAGAGAAAAAUAAAGCAGAAGAUGAGUCCUUUGAGACGGAUCUGAUUGCAGGAAGACUUCAAGAAGAAGUGCUCGAACAGAAAGGAAAGCUCCAACGUCUUGUUGCCAAAGAUCUCAUUGCACCUGAGGCUUCAGAGAUCAGGGUUUUGCGGGGACACAAACUUCCGAUCACCUGCCUUGUCAUCGCUCCUGAUGAUAAAUGCAUCUUCUCUGCUGCCAAAGAUUGCUCCAUCAUUAAAUGGGAUGUUGAAAGUGGCAGGAAACUGCACACGAUACACGGUGGAAGGAAAGGUACGGAGGAGCGCCACGUUGGACAUACAGCUCACAUCCUGUGUAUGACCAUAUCAUCAGAUGGAAAAUACUUGGCGACUGGAGACAUGAACAAACUGAUCAUGAUUUGGGAGGCUGACACAUGUAAACAUCUGUAUAAAUUUGUAGGACACAAAGGCCCCCUGUCGGGUCUUUCAUUCAGGAGAGGGACUCAUGAUCUGUACAGCGCAUCUCACGAUCGCUCAGUCAAAGUGUGGAAUGUGGAUGAGAAAGCAUAUGUUGAAACUCUCUUCGGCCACCAGGAUGCCAUCACAGGACUGGACAGUCUGAGCCGUGAGCGCUGUGUGACAGCAGGGGGCCGAGAUGGCACUGUGAGAGUGUGGAAGAUAGCUGAGGAGUCUCAGCUGGUGUUUCACGGACACGAAGGUUCGAUCGACUGCAUCCAGCUCAUAAACGAGGAGCACAUGAUAACAGGAGCAGAUGAUGGCUCUGUGUCUCUGUGGAGUGUCAACAAGAAGAAGCCUCUCUGCACAGUAAAGCAGGCUCACGGUUGCCAUGGUGAUCUAGGGCUGGAGCAGCCUCAUUGGGUGGCCUCGGUUGCAGCCUUACAGAACUCCGACACCGUCGCCUCAGGUGCCUCUGGCUGUUCACAUAACUCCCAGGUGAACGUGUGGAAAUGUGGCCCGAGCUAUCGCGGGUUGGAGCUUCUCUUCAGUGUGCCGAUGCCUGGUUUUGUCAACAGCCUGAAGUUUUCGAGUUCUGGUCGGUUCUUGGUGGCUGGAGUCGGACAGGAGCACAGGUUGGGACGAUGGUGGAGACUAAAAGAAGCCAAAAACGGGAUCUAUAUUAUUCCUCUGAGGAGAAAACCUUCUGACGCAGAAGGAAACCAGGAUGAAUGAUCACUUUUUUUCUUUUCUUUUUUUUUUUGUAUUUUUGUAAAUGAAAAGUUUAAAAACUUGAUACUCUUUUUGGGUUUAUUUUCCCAUAAAUUUGUAAAUUAAAGUUGCUCUACAAAA